UUGUAUUCUUAUUGUAAUCCGUCUUAGAUUAUAACAUAAAUUAGGAUAUAAAAGCGAAUUCAGUUUCGAAAUAUAAAUAUUACUUUUGAAAUGGCUGCUCCUAAAUCUAACUUCUCGGAAGAUGAAUUCGGCAGGCGUUUGGACCGAUGCUUAACGGACGUUGUUGUUAAAGGAUCAAGUGGUCUUGUUCUUGGAUUGACUUUAUCUGUUCUGAUGUUUAGAAGAAGAGCGUGGCCUUCAAUAAUGGGAGCUGGUUUUGGCAUUGGCGUAGCUUAUAAAUCAUGCGAGAAAGAUUUAAGCCUUUAGUUUAAUACAUAAGAAAAUCGCCUGAAAAUUAAUAAAACAAAUCUGAUUUUUUAUGUCGGAAAAUCGAGACAUUAA